UAACUUCUCUCUUUUCCUUUGCUAGCUUUUUCCAUUUUUUCUCUCUCUCUCAGAGCAAGAAAAUGGCGGGGACUGAUCUCAGAGCACAGCUCAACAACUUCAUCAAGGCCAUGCAUGACCAGGGUAUAUUGGACGAGCAUUUCGAACAUGUGAAGGGCUUGCAAAAUGAAUACAAUCCUUACUUCGUUUUGGAAAUCGUCUCCAUCUUCUGCCGUGAUGCUGAAAAUGUCAUAGCAGAAGUCACCAAAUUUCUGGAUGAGCCCGUUGUGGACUAUGUCAAGACGAUUGGUUUAGUUCACCAGCUAAGGGGAGGUAGCUCGAGCCUUGGUGGUUCUCGCAUGGCCAUUGCCUGUCGUGAGCUUCGACAAGCUACCCAGGACAACAAGAAGGAGGAGUGCCUCCAAGCCUUGGAGAAGGUCAAACGUGAAUUCAGCACACUGCACGAGAAGCUCAAUGUGAUUUCUCAGAUGGAGAGGACAAUCCUCACAAAUGAGGGUAGCAUGGUGCAAUGCAUUCCAUCAGGAAGCAUCUACUGAAGAUGGAAGAGUAUCUGUUUUAUGUUCUGUUAAGGUGUUAAGUAAAAUAAGUUCACAAUGAGUGAACAAGGCGUCCAUCUGAGAGUAUUUCAGUGGGCUUAUGGGCUUGACCCUAUGGUUUAUGUGUGUUUUAACUUAUGGGCUUCACCCUAUGGUUUAUGUGUGUUUUGAACUUAUGGGCUUGACCCUAUGGUUUAUGUUUGUUUUAAGUGUUAAUUAUCUUAUAAUUAAUGGUUUGCAGUAAUCAAUGCAACCAUGUAUGAA